AUGGACGAUGAAAAAGAAGAAGUUAUUCACCUUGAAAGUGCUAAUGUUAUAUCUCUUGAAUGCGACAAUCAUAUCAAUCCCGAAAAGUGUGAAAAUGCAUCGAUGAUCGAAAAUGGAUCUCGAGGAAAAAGUGAGAAUUCUGUACAGGAAGAAAAGAUAAGUCGAAAAUCUGAGCAGAUUGGACAUUCAGACCCUGAAAAACCUCGUUCGGUCAGUAUAAAUAUACCCCAGGAAAAGAAAAGUCCUAGGAUUAAGAGACCUCGAUAUAAAAAACGUUAUUUUUGUUGUGGUUCUCUAGCUGAUGGUGCUAUUGCUUCAGCAAAUUACUCGAAUGUGAUUUCUGUUAUAAUAAUUCUAGCUUCCUCGCACCUUUUUUUCAGAACUUCAAGAGAUGAUGAUGGACUCAUUAAAGCAUUCUCAUUUAGUGCUGUAGUUUAUGCUAUAUGCUACAUUCGAAGCGGUACGAAUUUAAAGCGAGCUAUAGCCGAGGAGCAAAGAGAAAAAAUAAUACCGUGGAUUUUGUUUACCAUUUCAACAAUAUUCUGUCUACUAUCGGCAGCUAUUUAUGUAUCUGUAACUUACUGGGAGGAACUCGAUGACUUCGAUGAAGAUUUAACGACACCUUGUCUUCGGCUCAUACUGAUCCCGUUCCUGGCUUUUGUGGGAUGUACUUUAAUUUAUUGUGCUUAUGGUGUUAUAAGGUUGUUUCAAUCCAUGGCUCUUGUUCAAACUCCUGGAUCCUCGCUGAUGACUGAUAUACGAGCCUUUAUUAAUGGUGUUUCUGUGUAAAAAUUGCUGAAAGAAAUUUUUGAAAAUUCACAAAAGUGUUCGAAAAGUAGAAUUUUUACAAAGCUGUCCUUUGAAAUUUAGAAUUUUUUACAUUUGUGUUGUAUAUUCUGUUAAUUUUUAAAUUUCAUUAAAAUUUUAA